ACUUUCGUCAUUCGUGUGGAUCGAUGUGUUCAAAUGGACAAAAACGAUUAACAAACACACUAAAAUUCAACACUGAAAUUGUAUAUCAAAACAUUCUCUAUCACGUUUUCGUCCUGAUAAAAAUCAAAGUCCACUGGUGCAACACUAGCGAUCCCAGCGGAUGCCCGGCCCGAAUAGGGAAUUUUAAAAUCCGAUCUGGCCUGAUGAUUACGUAUGAUCAAAUAAAAAACUGAUUAGAUUCAGAUUUUUUUACCAGCUGAAGAAUCAACAGAAACUUGGUCCAGGAGGCUGUUCGGAUCUGAUCUGAUCUUGUGAUCAAACAGAUUUUUGGUUUAAACACAGGUAGUAAUAUUUGAUUAGGCAUGAGCAAGUUUAUUUGGAUCUAAUGAGAUAUUAUUUGACCAAAUAAUAAUUUCAUCCUGGUUAUAGAAUGAUAUCAUACGAUGUAAUUAGAAAGACGCAUGUUCGAAUUUAUCCAAUUUGGUGUGCAUUGAAAUUGAAUAAACCGAGUCAAGAACCAGAAAUGGCUGAAAUAUCACUCGACCAGGACCACGUCUAUGAUGCUACUCAAUCUACACUUCUAACCCUGAAAGAAUUAUCAGCGAUUGCAGUUGCUCUGAAAAUAUGGCACGGCCAAAUAAAUAAAUAUCGAACGAUUGACGAAUUGGAAGUAUUUAUUCCAAGAAUACGACCACCUUUUUUGAUGGUAAAAAAUCCUGAUUUACCAACUGUGAUCGAUGCUAUGAUCAGAAAUUAUGCUUCAAAAUUGGGACCUUCAAUAGAUAAGUGGUUGAGAGAGCAUCACAAAAGAGUACUAUUUUUCCAUUAUAGUCAUCAAAACUAUAUUUUGGAAGACUUCGAUGACUUUGUGUGCGAUUACGACGGCACCAUUGAUUAUGCUAAGACAGCCGAACGUAUGAUGCGUUGCGAUAAAUUUGGCGAUGUUGAAAAAUUCAAAAUAGCGUGUACAUAUUUUUUCGAAGACGAUAUCAGACGACUUUGGCCAUCUAUACGCAAAAAGAUAGGCUUGGAUUGUAUUAAUUUUCGCGAUUGUCCUGAAUUGUAUUAUUGGAUUUGCUGCCUUAGAAAUGAAUCAAGGAUAAAAAUCAACAUCGCGCGAAAUAGUACUGUCGAUGAAGAAAUGCUAGACAAUUGCAUGCCUUACAAUAGACCAUCGGUAGAAUAUUUCUGGAAUCGUAUACCUCACCGAAACCAAGUUGGAAAAGCUGUGCGACUUCUUGGGUUUGAAAUGGUGAAUCUUACUAAAUUCAUUUUACCGAAAUUCGAUACCCAACAGCUUGAUGAAUUUGUCAAUAUGCAUGGACGUUGGGUUUUGAUACUUGAACUGUUGUCUCUGUUGGAAUGUCGUUGGUUUGAUGAAAAAUUGAUACCUCAAGCUUGGAUGCGCAUAAGAAACGUCAUCAACGAGCCUAAUUUUACCAAACUAGUCGUGGGUAUGUUUGGAUUUUGUAAAGAUACGCUUCGAGCGAUGAUGACUGGGAAUUGGUAUCAUGAGAAUUUGUUUCAUCUAUGUCGCGAAAUAUGGUACAGUGCUCCGCAAAGUUCGAGGAGAUCGGCGAUUGAGGAAAUAUCAUCCAACUUUUGGCAUAUAAUUAAUCGUGAUCUUUCUUCCGAUUCCUUAUUGACUGUACUUACAUACGCAACUUUCGAGGAGAGAAGCUUAUUUUGGAGUAAGUGCUGGCCUAACUUGAUCGAAUGCAAAAAUACCCAAGAAUUGCAGCAAAUAAUGGAAAUAUGUUUCGAAAACGGCGAUGCAAUUAUUCGAUACAAAGAGAACGUAAUGGCAACUAGUGAUCAUUUACGAGAUCUCUGCGACGUGUUAUUGUCUGAGCCGGACUUUGACAAAUUGAAUGAUUCUGUGAAUUUUUGCUGUCCUAACGAAGAUGCAGCGAGACUUUUCAAGCUUCAACUGCUGGAGUCAAAGUUCCUCCAUGAAAACCCUGUUUUUCGAGAAACAUAUUUUGGCCAAGCAGCAAAAUUCAACGAGUUUAUCAACGAUGCUUAUAACAACGCUGCUCUCGCUACAAAUUUUAAAAAUCAUCUGAUGUCUCUCCCUAUUAUUCAAUGUUUUACUGCACCUGAGCGAUGGUGCAGUAAAAUCGAAUGGUCUACGCAGUUAAUUGAAUUUACGGAAUUUAUCGAAACGUUUGUUUCAACCGAAGGAGAGCUAAGAAGGAUGAAAAUGCUGGUAAUUGAUCAUUGGAAGAAAAAUGGAUUUGUUGUUGAGUCUGCCUUUGAUUUAAGUUUUAGUCACGAAUGGUCCAGUUCUGUUGAUCAGUUUUUAUUAUGGUGUUUGGGAAGCGAUGAAGAAGUUGGAAAAUUUAAGCAAGUGGAUCUCCUACGCUUUUUUUUGAAUAGUGUCGAAGAGCGAACUAAUGAGUUACGCCUCGUCACUAGUGACAAAUGUCUCCCUUUUGUGAAUCAGAUUUUGUUUUGGUGUUUGGGAAGUGAUGAAGAAGUUGGAAAAUUUAAGCAAAUCUGUGCCCGACACUUGAGCAAUUCGGAUUUAGAUGUUAAACUAACAUGAAUAUUGAAUAUGUUAUUACACUUAUUGGAUAUUUGGAUGUUUAUUUUUAAUGUUUCAUGAUACCGUCGAAUAAUUAUAUUAAUGAUGAAUUCCCAUUAUUUUUAGAUCCUUAUGGUGUUUCUUAGUACCUAUACGUAAAUAAAGUUGAUUCAAUUCAAUGUU